AUGACCAAAUUCACCUUCAUCACUAUCGCCGCCAUCGCCGCCCAGGUCACCCUCGGCGCCGUCCUUGAGCAGCGCACCUGCGGGAGCCCCGACACCGCCGCCCCCGUCUGCCAGACCUCGAGCGGCAGCCCGCUCGUGCAGGACUGCCAGGUCGCCAUCCAGCAGCUUGGCUCCAGCUCCUGCAAGGUCUCCAACACGGGCGGCUCCGACUGCUCAACCCAGGUCACCGUCGGCACUUGCAAGAUCGACGCGUGCUCCGACGGGAACACGCCCGAGCUGCAGCCCGGCGUCAACUGCGGAGGGUACCUGCAGAGCAUCUUGAACUCGUGCCAAAGCAACGGCAUGGUCGGAGGCAUCCUCAGCCCGGAGUCGUGCAACGUCGCCGGCGAGGGUGCUUACAGGCUUCAGUUCUCCAAGGCCUAG